AAUAGGGCUCAGCAAGUUGCUUCACAUAGCUAGCUUGGCAACACAUACAGGUACAGCUCGAAGGCCCGCAGGCAUAGAAGUGAACGCCCGUCGUAGGUAGUUGCGCGGCUUGUGCUGAUCGAGGAGGUGCCGAGCGAGCGAGCGCGUCGAUGGCGAUCCGGAACAUGCAGGUGGCGACGCGCUCGCUGGACGCGGACAUGACGGUGGACGAGUUCAAGGAGUGGCUGCGGCGGUUCGACACGGACCGCGACGGGCGCAUCAGCCGCGAGGAGCUGCGGCGCGCCAUGCGCGCCAUCCGCGCCCGGUUCACGGGGUGGCGGAGCAGGCAGGGCAUCAGCUACGCCGACGCCGACGGCGACGGCUACAUCGACGACAGCGAGGUGGACGGCCUCAUCGAGUUCGCGCAGAAGAACCUCGGGCUCAAGAUCGUCGCCUACUGAUGAUCGAGCUGGUCCACUCAGGGGCGGACCCGGGCGGCGGCGAGCUAUAGCUCGAUCCAUCACCAUGGGCUAGCAGCGAGCACGCCAUCUGGCGCCUGGCCCCCCGGCCCGCUAAAAAUAAGAACAACUGCUUGAUCGACCGCUUGCUUGCUUCCUUAAAGCUUUGCUUUCUUGUACGUACUCUAUCAAUUCAUGGCUCUGUAUCCCCUCUCUCUCUCUCUCUGUGAUCUAUCUAUGUAAGGUGUGUAUAUGGGUACCCGUGCGCGCUCUCGGUCUCGGCUACCUCCUCUGCAAGGUCCAGCCCUGCCAUGGUGCCGCCGCGGAUUUUAAUUAACAGAUUUGCUCUAGUGAAAUUGACAGUAUAUUAUCCUUGACCAUCAAA